AGAACCAUGGGUCACAAGGAAAUAUGUGUUGUAUAUUUCCCUGUCGACUCAUUAGUAAAUAAGACGUAGUAUUUAAGGAGGUGUAGAAAACGGAGAUCAGAGUUCCUCGAGUACUACCAGAGCAUAAGCACUCUGGCCCUCGUGAAUGAAUAAAAAAGUAUAAAACAAAUAUCGUUUCAUUUGUUAACCCAUUUGUAAACUGUUAUUUGUUAACUGGCGCCCAACAAAGGAUUUGAACCUAUCCUAUUCCUUGAUAAAUUUUUUCACGGCAAAGUUAUAUCCGGUAUAAGAGAGAGUGUAUAGUACAUGUAAUAAUCGUGUCGAGUUGCACGGUGUUAUAGCAGUGAUAAGUGGCAUUCUGGCGAGCAAUUAGAGACAGUUAAGUGUUAGUUAUAGUUACCUGUGAAAAUACGUCGAUGUUAAUCCUUAACGCCACAGCCACGUGCAACACCACGACAGCCCACCACAUUUCACCAAUUGUACGAAUCGACGAGAAUACAAUACUCAUCAACGACAACAAUGGAAGGAUCAUCGAGAACGGUAGCGAGAUGGCUACUAACGGAACUUUCCUCCUUAUUCACUCGAAUGACGUACACAUAAAUGGCACGCUAUAUCCAGUAACAUCCAGGAAGCCGACAAUGGAACCACAGACACCGAGCGUUUUCAACCUAAAGAAUUUGCAAAAGAUCGAUCAAAUGACAGACCAGUUUGAAGCGAAAAAAAACAAGUAACUGGCUUGCAGCUGCUAUUUUCGGAUUUACAAUGUUGACAAUGACGGGAUCAGUGUGCUACUGCAGGUACAAGCGCCGCGAGAAUCAUGAGGUCAUCAUACCCCCAGUCCAAUUCAACAACGACGAGAGAAUGCAGCUCAUCCUGAAAACCAUCAAUAGCAACUUGCAACAGAUUCGGGACGAAUCUGCUUAAGAGGGGGAGUAGUCAUAGUCGACGAAGCAGAUGCCAACCAUCUGCAAUUCAAUAGAUAACAAUGUCUGUAGUCCUUCCUGGAAUAACAUCCCAUUAGAUAAAUAAUUCCCCGACCUUCCAGGAACAUUAUCACCAUGGGUAAUAAAAGUCUGAACCCAAAUAGUAAUUAAGAUCACAGGUCA